AUGAGGAAUUUAAAAGGUAUUCAAUACGAGCAAUGGAGGCCGCCGGCGCAAUAUCAGAAUAGGCCUGUAACGGCGUCGGCGUGGGAUUUGGCAAAUGAUGCUGUCGUUUGUACUGUUGGUCCUACCGAAAAUGAUUCUGUGAUACAGCUUAUUAGAGUCAAGACCAACUCAAAACCACAUGAAAACACCCUCAUCACAUCAUGGGAAGCACCAUCCCCAAAUCCAGAUUUGCCCUGUGACAAGGUUCUGAGUCUUCAUUAUUUCGGCGACAGCUUAACGACAUGUCUUGUUCUUACUGGUGGCGAUAUUGUUGUUGUCAGAGAAGAUCCUCAACCUGGGGAGGAUCUGAUUGAAAUUAUGGGCUCGGUCGACGCUGGUAUUACUGCAGCAAGAUGGUCACCUGACGAGGAGCUAUUGGCUAUUACUACCAAAGAAGACACCGUCAUUUGGAUGAGCCGCAGCUUCGAUGGUGUUGCAGAUACUACUAUGACCAAAGAGGAUCUUAAAGCUUCGAAUCAUGUAUCUGUUGGUUGGGGUAAGAAGGAAACUCAAUUUCAAGGCAGGGGAGCCAAAGCCUUACGAGAUCCGACUAUGCCUGAGAAGAUUGACGAAGGUGUGCUCAGUCCAAACGAUGAUUCGAGUACUACUAUCAGCUGGAGAGGCGAUGGCGCUUACCUCGCCAUCUCUACAAUUGAUUCGGCUUGUCGUCGUAUAAUUCGAGUAUAUUCCAGAGAAGGAGAGCUUGACAGUGUCAGCGAGCCUGUAGAUGGUCUCGAAGGAGCUCUGAGCUGGAGACCUUCCGGAAACUUGAUUGCGGGAAUUCAACGUCUUGAGGAAAGAAUUGAUGUUGUGUUCUUUGAACGCAACGGAUUACGACAUGGCGAAUUUAGUCUCCGACUUACCCAGGAACAACGUCAACUUCCUAAUCAGCACAUCAAAUUGGCUUGGAAUUCUGACUCCACGGUAUUGGCUGUCGUGAUGGUGGAUUGUACUCAACUAUGGACAAUGGGCAACUAUUAUUGGUACCUUAAGCAAGAGAUUAGAAAUCAUCACGCUCCCUUGGUUUCCACUAACCCUAUUGCUUGGCACCCAGAAAAGCCUUUGAGAUUCUUGUCUGUUUCUGAGGACACCAUCGAUUUCGCAGAGUAUAUUUUUUCCACCGCUCGCGGCUCCUUCGCACCACCGCACGACUUUGGAGUUAUUGCAGUUAUAGAUGGGCAAAACCUCGUGGUAACGCCUUUCCGGGUAGCUAACAUUCCUCCUCCAAUGGGCCAUCAUGAAAUCACAAUACAGUCCAAUGCUAUCGAUAUUUCCAUCAAUGCAGAUGCUUCAUUACUUGCCGUUUUACAUCAGGAAGGGAUUUCGGUUUUCGAAUUAGAUGCCACUAAACGCGUCGCACCUACACCAAAAUUAUCUGGUCAAAUAACAUUUGAGUCGGAAGUCAAAACAACUAUUUAUCAACAGAUUACCUUCAGUGGUAAUAAUGAGGUACUCGCCUUGGGGCGAAGUGAAACUGGUCCAGUUAUUCAAGGGUACCACCCUACUGAAGUUCCGGGUGAAUUGAAAGAGAAAGCUCUUGAAAACAGCCCAACAUCAUCUGUGUUGAUAUUGUCAAGCUUCGUUGAAGAUGGAGUGAUGCAUCCAUAUGUGCAAACUAACUCAGGAGAUCUUCAUAGUCUAGCUUUCGGCGAUGCAUCCUUAUCUUCCUGCAAUUUCUCCAAGCAGUUACCUUGGGUAAAUAUCAUACCAUUUGGCGAUGGUCAAAAUGCUUAUGGGGAUGGUCGCAUAGCUUUUGGGUUGUCUAGCAAUGGCCAUCUGUUUGCAAAUACGCGCUUACUGGUGCGAAACUGCACAUCCUUCCUUGUUACACCGGCACAUCUUAUAUUUACUACUACUACACAUCUCCUCAAAUUUGUGCACAUCACAGAGGUUCAUGAUCUUGAAAUUCCACCUGAUGACCCAGAAAUUGAUGAGAGAUGUCGAAGCAUCGAAAGAGGAGCUCGACUAGUCACUGCAAUGCCAACAUCACUCAGUCUUAUUUUGCAAAUGCCUCGUGGAAACCUAGAGACUAUUUUUCCACGUGCAAUGGUUCUUGCAGGCAUCCGCAAGCUCAUCGAUGAAAAUAACUAUAGAAAAGCUUUUACUCAUUGCAGAACGCAACGAGUGGAUAUGAACAUUCUAUACGAUCAUGCCCCAGAGCAAUUUUUAUUGAAUGUGGCACAGUUCAUUGAUCAGGUGAAGAAGGUCACCUAUAUCGAUUUGUUCCUGUCAUCAUUAAGAGAAGAAGAUGUUACCCAGACAAUGUAUAAAGAAACCAGAGUUGUACCUCAAAAUGGUAACACCCUACCCACAACAAAUGGUGCAAAUGGUGCCAUCGCUCCUCAGGACCCAGUUAUCGACAUCACAGCUACCAAGACAUCAAAGGUCAACAAGAUCUGCGAUGCUGUUCUCGAAGUUCUCAAAACUCGCACUGCAACCAACUUGCAAAACAUCAUCACAUCCAAUGUGUGCAAGAAUCCACCUGCGUUGGAUGAUGGCUUAUUGGUUGUUGCACAAUUGAUGAAGGAUGAUGAAGCCCUGGCUGAUAAAGCAGUUGAACAUAUUUGCUUCUUAGCAGACGUCAACAGAUUAUAUGAGAAUGCUCUCGGUCUCUACAAUCUUGAUCUUGCUCUUUUAGUAGCCCAGCAGUCGCAGAAAGAUCCCAGAGAAUAUCUUCCUUUCAUGCAAAAUCUUCAACAAAUGACCGAAUUGCGUCGCAAAUUUAGCAUUGACGACUACCUGUCCCGUCACACUAAAGCACUCAAUUAUCUCCACGAACUCAACGCAUUCGAGGAACUACAGAAGUAUACUCAAAAGCACGCCCUCUACAAAGCCGCUUUAGCCAUCUACCGGUACAAUCCCGAACCACUUGCUAUCAUUACAGCCCUCUACGCCCAAUACCUCGAAUCAAAAUCCUCGCACAAAGAAGCAGGACUCGCAUACGAAUCUCUACACAAUUACACCAAAGCCACAUCCUGCUACCUUGCUUCCGGCCCCUCCCAAUGGCGUGAAACCCUCUUCUGUGCUCUCACCGGCGGAGCAGAUGGAAACCCAAUGAGUGGCUCUGCACUCACCGAGCUAGCUAGUACCUUGUAUGACGCCCUCAUUGAAGGCAAAGACUACUAUGCCGCCGCAACCAUCCAACUCGACUACCUCUCCUCACUCGAAACCGCCUGUAGAACCUUCUGCAAAGGCUACUUUUUCGCCGACGCCCUCCAUCUCCUCGCACUCAAAGCACGACCCGAUCUACUCGAAUCAGUCAUCGAUCCUGGUCUCGGUGAUGCCCUAGCUUCAAGCACAGAGUUACUAGCGGACUGUAAAGCACAAUUACUAGCCCAAGUACCACGCAUCAGAGAAUUGCGACAGAAAGCCCUUUCUGACCCUCUCGCCUUCUACGAGGGAGAAAGAGGAGGCGAUGGUGAAAUACCCGAUGAUAUAUCCGUAGCAGCCUCUUCCCGCGUCUCCACAAACCGCAGUUUAUUCACACGCUAUACAGGCAAUGGUAGUGUCGGCACCGUAGGGACAGGAGUAAGCAGAGCCACGAGUAAAAACCGAAGAAGAGAGGAACGAAAGAGAGCCAGGGGUAAAAAGGGCAGUGUAUACGAAGAAGAAUACCUAGUAGCAAGUGUAGGAAGACUCAUGAGUAGAGUCGAAGGCAGUCGCGAGGAAAUCGAGAGACUCGUCAUGGGACUAGUAAGAAGAAGCAUGUGGGAGCGGGCCAGGGCCAUAGAAUCCAGUAUGGCGGACGUAGUGGCUUUGUGUACGGGAUGCGUAGACGAGGUUUUUGCAAAUGCGAAUGCGCAGGCUAAGUCGCUAAAUACGGGUGCGCAGGGAGCGGCAGAGGGAGAGGGAGUGGGAGUGGGAGAAAGAGAUGCAGAAGGCAGGGAUUAUAGACCGGUGGGUGGAGAUGCAGUGUAUGCGGAGAGUUUGCAGGCGGCGGGUAGGAAGAAGGACGCGCCUCAUCUUUCGGCUUUUGAAAAGUUGGCGUUGUUGGGUACGUAG